UACAACAUAUUAUGGGUUUCCCACCUUCUCUGCUUCCCUUUGUGCGCUUUUUUCUUUCAGUGUCCUUGUUUUAUCUUAUAUUUGCUGGAUUUUGUUAUUCUGUGCAGCCACUGUGCCAUGAUGACGAGAGCUUCGCCUUGUUGAAAUUCAAGGAAAGCUUUACCAUCAAUCAGUCUGCAUCUAAUGAUCCUUCCGCUUAUCCGAAAGUUUCGUUGUGGAAGCCUGAAAGCGGCGAUUGUUGCAGGUGGCGUGGUGUCAAGUGCAACGAGGACACGGGUUAUGUGAUCAGUCUCGACCUCAGCAGCAGCUGUCUUUAUGGCUCUUUCAACUCCAAUAGCAGUCUAUUCCAGCUUGUUCACCUCCAGAGCCUUAAUCUUGCCGACAAUCACUUUAAUUCUUCUCGUAUCCCAACUGGUAUUAGACAGCUUUCGAGGCUAAGAGACCUCAAUCUCUCUAUCUCUGUAUUUUCUGGUCAGAUCACUUCAGAAAUUUUAGAGCUCUCUAACUUAGUUUCCCUAGAUCUCUCAUCCAACCACGGAUUGAAACUCCAAAAGGAUGGCCUAAGAAGUAUAGCUCAGAAGUUAACAAACUUGAAAGAACUACAUCUUAGUGAGGUUGACAUAUCAUCUACUGUACCCAAUAUCUUGGCAAACUUAUCUUCUUUAACAUCUCUAUUUCUAGAAGAAUGCGACCUGCAUGGUGAGUUUCCCACAAGAAUUUUCCAUCUACCCUAUCUAUCGUCUCUUCGUGUAGGAGACAAUCCAUAUCUCAUUGGAAGUAUGCCAGAAUUUAACAGAAGCAGCCCCCUUGAAUCAUUGCGACUUCGUAACACGAGUUUCUCUGGUGAGCUACCGAAUUCAAUUGGUAACCUUGAGUCCUUAAAAUAUUUUUAUGUUGCUUCUUGCAAUUUCUUCGGGCCAAUACCGUCUUCAUUUGGUAACCUUACCCAACUAAUCUUGCUAGAACUAGGAUAUAAUGGGUUGCAUGGUUCAAUUCCACAGUCAAUAUCUAGGCUUGCGAAUCUUGAAAAUCUCCAGCUAUUUUAUAAUCACUUGAGUGGCACGGUGGAAUUUGACUUGUUUCUGAAACUCAAAAAUCUCAAGAGGCUCCAACUAUCCGGCAACAAUAUUUCAUUGCUUACAAAGCCAAGUACCAACGCAACUCUUCCAAAAUUUGAAAUUUUAACUCUAGCUUCCUGUGACUUGAGCGAGUUUCCAGACUUUCUAAGGAACCAAGAUGAGUUAGGGUUUUUGGAUCUUUCUGAAAACAAAAUUCACGGCCAAAUUCCAAAGUGGAUGUGGAAUUUAAGUAAAGAAACUCUCUGGUAUUUAGACCUGAGUUCCAACUCUCUAACUGGUUUUGAUCAACUUCCAGUUUUUUUCCCCUGGACUAAUCUACUUGUUCUGCAACUUGGUUCUAACAAGCUUCGAGGGUCACUCCCAAUCCCACCACCUUCCAUCAAUUCAUAUUCGGUCUCACACAACAUACUGACGGGAGAAAUCCCACAAUUGAUUUGCAAUCUAAGUUCAAUUGUUUUUCUUGACGUGUCAAACAAUUACUUGAGUGGCUUGCUUCCGCAAUGUUUAGGCAACUUGAGUGACUCUCUCUCAGUCCUAAACCUACACAACAAUAGCUUCCAUGGAACUAUUCCCGAAACAUUCACAGAAGGAAACAAAUUGAAGAUGAUUGAUUUUAGCCAAAAUCAAUUACAGGGGCGUCUACCAAGAUCAUUGGCCAAUUGUACCAUGCUUGAAGCUCUUAAUUUGGGACAUAAUCAGAUGAAUGAUACUUUCCCUUUUUGGUUGGGCGUUCUUCCAGAGUUGAGGAUUCUCAUUUUGCGAUCUAAUGGAAUCUAUGGUGCAAUGGAAAAUCUUAAUAGCAAUUUUGAUUUCUUAAACAUACGCAUCAUUGACCUCUCAAAUAAUGAAAUUACUGGUAAGUUGCCCUCUCAGUACUUCCAAAAUUGGAAAGCCAUGCGAACAGUGGAUGUUAAGGGUAUAAUGUAUAUGGAAGCAAAUGGACGUUUCACAGCAUUAGGAAACACAUUAGUGUCCUCCUUCACUUACUCAAUGACAUUUACUUACAAAGGCAUAGAGAGGGUAUACGAAAAAAUCUCAGAUGCCUUCAUAGCUAUUGAUUUGUCGAACAAUAGAUUUGAAGAAGAAAUUCCAGAAGUUGUGGGGUAUCUAAAAGGACUUCAGUUGCUCAACCUUUCCAAUAACUUUCUCACCGGUCCUAUCCCUUUUUCAUUGGUGAACUUAACAAAUCUGGAAAUAUUGGACUUUGCUCAAAACAAGUUGUCUGGUGGGAUACCUUUGCAACUUGUGCAACUCACGUUUCUCGAAUUCUUCAACGUCUCCCAUAAUCAUCUCACGGGACCUAUACCACAUGGGAAUCAGUUUGACACAUUCCCAAACAGUUCGUUUAGUGGUAAUUCUGGAUUAUGUGGAAGCCCUUUGUCAAAAAAAUGUGAAGAUUCAGAAGACUCACUGCCUUUACCUCCAACCUCUGAAAAGAAUCAAAACUCAUUAUUUUUUUUGUUCGAAUUCGGUUGGAAAGUAGUUGUUAUGGGAUAUGGUUGUGGAAUCAUAUUUGGACUUCUUGUUGGGCAAAUUGUGUUCACAAAGAAGCAUGAUUUGGUUAUGAAGACUUUUGCAAUCGGGCAGUCAACACGAAGAAAGGUGAAUUGGAGAAGAUACAUAAAUUAGUUAUAAUAAGCUAAGGUAUUUCUUAGCCAUUUAGCAGCAAUAAAUUGACUUUUCUUUUUUUCUUUAGGGGUUUAGAGGGUUAAUGGGUAGCAUGAUUGUACUGGCCGAAAGGAAUUGGUUGCCUCCACAAAUAUUAUGAAUGCAUUAAGUUUGUGUAGUA